CCAUCCCUUCUACUGAUGGAUCAUAAAAGCUCUGAACCCAGCCUCCUCUCUGCUCUUCCUGCAUCCUCAGCAUCACAGAGCUGCCUGAAGCCGAUAACACAGCUUUUUCUUCUUGUCUUUCCCCUGGUGCAGAGACCGAACCCAGACCUGAUCAGACCUGAUCCGUCUUCACCGUGUGGACCAGGAAACAGCGCCACCAUGUUCAGUAACGUCUCCUCCAAAUACAAGGACAUCAUGUCCAAAAGUGCUCUGAUCCGUUCAGGGUGUCCUGCUCUGUACCAGCUGAGACCAAAGAAGCAGAUGUUUGGGACUCUGAGCAGAAUGACUGUAGGAGAAAAACGUCAGAACAAUGAAAACAAAACAGUUUUAUUAGUGGGUGAAACAGGAACAGGAAAAUCUACUCUGAUUAACGCUCUGAUCAACUACACCAUGGGAGUGAAGUUUGAGGACAACGUCUGGUUUCAGAUCGUAGAGGACGUGAAGAAAAGUCAGACAGAAAGUCAGACGUCAGAUGUGAUUGUGUACGAGAUCUUUGGGUUUGAAGGUCAAACUCUGCCCUACUCUCUGACCAUCAUCGAUACUCCUGGAUAUGGAGACACUGCAGGAACAGAAAAGGAUGAUUUAGUCAGUCAAAGAUUAUUUGACUUGUUCCGCUCAGAGGACGGAGUUCAUGAAAUCCAUGCAGUGGGUUUGGUGGUGAAGGCAACGGAGAAUCGACUGAGUGAUCGACUGAUGUAUAUCUUUAAUUCAGUGAUGUCUCUGUUUGAAAAAAAUGUGAAGAACAACAUCGUCGCUCUCAUCACUCACUCAGAUGGAACCGAACCUGAAAAUGUUCUUCAAGCUCUUGAAGCUGCAAAAAUUAAAUGUGCCACAGACGAGAAGAAUCAGCCUGGUCACUUCCUGUUUAAUAACCAACAGAGUAAAGAUCGAUUAAAGGGGAGAAAGUUCCUGGAACAAGCUGAUGAAAUAUCAGUGAGAGGAAUGAGGGAGUUUAUCUCCUUCCUGGAAACAUCUCAACCUCAAACACUGGAGAAAACUGUGCAGGUUUUGAAUGAGCAUGUCAGACUGACAGCCUGCAUCCAAAACCUGGAGGAGAGAAUCAGACUGAUCAAACUGAAACAGACAGAGAUCAGACAGACUAAAGAAGCUCUGAAGACACAUGAAGAAGAGAUGAAGACGAACAAAGACUUCACUAUAGAAGUUGAUGAGGUUUACAAAGAAAAACAAGAAAUCAGUGGUGGGAUGUGGGGGUUGUUUUAUGAAGCAGCUGUUACCUGUAACAGAUGUGAAGAGACCUGCCACUAUCCUGGAUGCACAGUGGCCUGGUAUCCUAAUGCCUGUGAGGUGAUGAGCGGAGGCUGCUGUACUGUUUGUUCUAACCACUGUCAUCACUCUAAUCAUGUGAAAGAAAAGUGGAUCUAUGUAAACAAGACAAGGAAAGUUCAGAAGACUAUUUACCAAAUCAAAGAGAAGUAUGAGAAGAACAAGUCAGAGAAAGAGGAGAAGAAGAGUCUGCUGGAAAAUCUAGAACAGGAAAUGAAAACUCUGACAGCAAAGAAAGAUCAGUUCCUUGAAGAGUCCUACCAACAUCUGCUCAGUCUGGAGAAGAUCGCCCUCAAUGUGAAUUCACUGUCCACUCACGUCCACCUGGACAUCCUGAUCGAGAAGAUGGAGGAGAGAGGAGACAGAGAGAAGGUCCAGAAACUGGAGGAGAUGAAAAGUCGGGGAGACAAAGGAAUCCAGGCAGGGCUGAGGUACAAGUAUCGUAAACAAACAUCAGGGGGUAAAGACAUGAAGCCACGGUGAGCAGUCAGUCACAUGACACAGUCACCUGAUCAUACCUCUGUCAGGUGAGAUGUCAGAGCUCAUGGUUCAUGGUUCAGAUGAGCUUCUCUCCUCUCAUAAUAACUGUCAGCAUCAGUCUCAUGUCAGUAACGUGUCAUUGAUCCUUUAGCAUCAUGCUCAGAUGAAUCUUGCUGAAUGUGCUGUGACUUCCUGUUUCCUGUUCACCUGAGAAAUGAUUCACAGGGAAGCUUCAGAGCUGAUCAAUCAAUAAUCACUUAUAGUGUGAAUGAAUGAAGAGCAGCUUCCUGCACCAUGUCCCUACUGACCCCUGACCCCUGUGACCUUUAACCUUUCAUGUAUUCAAAGUGUGCUUUAUGCUGUGCUGCUGUUUGUUUAUUAAUAAACUCAUUUACUCUCA